UGCGUCGGGGUCCGCGUCGGGGUCGCGCGUCGGGCGCGCCGUGGCCCCGUCGGGGCGGCGGGAGCUGCGGAGCCGCCAUGGCGGACCUGGAGGCCGUGCUGGCCGACGUCAGCUACCUGAUGGCCAUGGAGAAGAGCAAGGCGGCGCCGGCUGCGCGCGCCAGCAAGAAGGUCGUCCUGCCGGAGCCCAGUAUCCGGAGCGUGAUGCAGAGGUAUCUGGCAGAAAGAAACGAAAUCACCUUCGACAAGAUUUUCAAUCAGAAAAUCGGCUUCCUGCUAUUUAAAGAUUUCUGCUUGAACGAAAUUGGCGAAGCGGUGCCUCAGGUGAAAUUUUAUGAAGAGAUAAAAGAAUACGAGAAACUGGACAACGAAGAGGACAGGCUACACCGGAGCCGGCAGAUGUACGACGCCUAUAUCAUGAGGGAGCUUCUAUCCAGCACACACCAAUUCUCAAAGCAAGCUGUAGAACAUGUCCAGAGCCAUCUCUCCAAGAAGCAGGUGACAGCUACUCUUUUUCAGCCAUACAUAGAAGAAAUCUGCGAAAGCCUUCGAGGAGAUAUUUUCCAAAAGUUUAUGGAAAGCGAUAAAUUCACUAGAUUCUGUCAGUGGAAGAACGUGGAACUGAAUAUUCACCUGAGCAUGAACGACUUCAGUGUGCACAGGAUCAUCGGCCGAGGAGGGUUUGGGGAAGUUUACGGCUGCAGGAAAGCAGACACCGGUAAAAUGUAUGCCAUGAAGUGCUUAGACAAGAAGAGGGUGAAGAUGAAGCAGGGAGAAACGCUGGCUUUGAACGAGAGGAUCAUGCUGUCUCUCGUCAGCACUGGGGACUGUCCCUUCAUCGUCUGCAUGACCUAUGCUUUCCACACGCCGGACAAACUCUGCUUCAUCCUGGACCUGAUGAACGGUGGCGACAUGCAUUACCAUCUCUCCCAGCAUGGGGUGUUCUCUGAGAAGGAGGUACGCUUCUAUGCCAGUGAGAUUAUCCUGGGCCUUGAGCAUAUGCACACCUGUUUCGUAGUCUACAGAGACCUGAAGCCUGCGAACAUUCUCCUGGAUGAAUAUGGACAUGUGAGGAUAUCGGAUCUUGGCCUCGCCUGCGAUUUCUCCAAAAAGAAGCCUCACGCCAGUGUGGGCACUCAUGGGUACAUGGCUCCCGAGGUGUUGCAGAAGGGGACGUGUUAUGACAGCAGUGCCGACUGGUUCUCCCUGGGCUGCAUGCUCUUCAAGCUCCUGCGGGGCCACAGCCCCUUCAGGCAGCAUAAAACCAAAGACAAGCACGAGAUAGACCGCAUGACCCUGACCGUGAACGUGCAGCUUCCAGAUGCCUUCUCCCCUGAGCUGAGGUCCCUCUUGGAGGGUUUGCUCCAGCGGGACGUGAGCCAACGGCUGGGCUGCGGAGGAGGAGGGGCGAAAGAGCUGAAGGAACACAUCUUCUUCAAGGGCAUCGACUGGCAGUAUGUGUACUUACGGAAGUACCCACCACCCCUAAUCCCUCCCCGGGGAGAGGUCAACGCUGCGGAUGCCUUCGAUAUCGGCUCGUUUGAUGAGGAAGACACCAAAGGCAUUAAGCUGUUGGACUGUGACCAGGACCUCUAUAAGAACUUCCCGCUGGUGAUCUCUGAGCGCUGGCAGCAGGAAGUGGUGGAGACCAUCUACGACGCCGUCAAUGCCGAUACCGAUAAAAUCGAGGCCAGGAAGAGAGCUAAAAAUAAACUACUUGGUCAAGAGGAAGAUUACGCCAUGGGGAAGGACUGCAUCAUGCACGGGUACAUGCUGAAGCUGGGGAACCCCUUCCUCACACAGUGGCAACGACGCUAUUUUUACCUGUUCCCCAACAGACUGGAGUGGCGAGGAGAGAGCGAGUCUCGGCAAAAUCUACUGACCAUGGAACAGAUCAUGUCUGUGGAGGAGACCCAGAUUAAAGACAGAAAGUGCAUUUUACUCAGGAUAAAGGGAGGGAAGCAAUUUGUCUUGCAAUGCGAGAGUGACCCCGAGUUUGCACAGUGGCUGAAGGAGCUCACAUGCACCUUCACUGAGGCCCAGAGACUGCUGCGCCGUGCCCCCAAGUUCCUCAACAAACCACGUGCCAACAUCCUGGAGUUCUCUAAGCCACCGCUGUGUCACAGAAAUAGCAGUGGCCUCUGAACCACAGAGCAAGCAGCAGGGCCUAGAGGAGAGGCCCCAGCUCUUCAGCCCAGGAGUGGAGUGGAGCCACGGGGAACCAUGUAGGGCUGAAACACAGUGGUUCUGAGCACUGGGCUGCUCCAGGCCAAGGAGGCCCAUGACACCAGGGCGGCCCUUGGGGAGCUGGGACAUCUUCUGGGCCGGCCUAUCCACAUUUGAAAUUACUGAAGAAGCAGAGGCAUUUCUCUGUGCAACCCUCUGACUUUGGUAUCCAUGGACCCAGAACGCAAAACGGUCCUUACCUCUCUAGCUUUUACGUCUAGCAGGGAGCAUAUCUGGGGUGGGAUCACAGUAUCUGGGAUUAGAGUGGCCUGUCCUAGGCAUUGCUGUAUCUGAGCGCCUGCCUGAGGUGUGGGGGUUGAGGUCCUGGAGGAAGCUUCUUGGUAGGUCGGGGCUGACUCCUUGCUGUCCCUGAGGUGAAGAGGUAGCCCUGAGCAUCAUGUGCCUCUGAUGGUUUCUUUCCAGAGAUACCAGUCAGAGGGAAGAGGUAGGAUGUCCCCUUAAAGAAACUCCAACGGCAUCCAUCAUGGCCACUUCUGGUGGGCAUGACCAGGACUUCAAGUAGGACAUAGGUAACCCACCAGACAGUGCCCCCCCAUGCAUGGUACACAUGAACUUGGGGUCACCAUUGAUGGUUAGGUCUACGACAGAGUCCUCCUGCUCCCCCUGUUUGACCUGGGGAGCAUUUGAAGAUGUACCCAAGAUAGAGAAGGGUUUCUGCCUUGCCUUUCAGUAUAAUUUAUAAUGAUCUCACACUGGUGGGACAAUGUCCAGUGGUCCCCUGUGCACCCUGGCAACACCCCACACCCUCUGUCACUAAUGCACUGUGUGCUGGGUUAUUCUGGCAGCAGUUUGCCCAGCCCCCCUUUCCCUUAAAGGUGUUUUCUUUUCCCCACUGCUGCCCUGAAUAAAUAAAUGCCAAGGCCCCAUGUCACUACACGGAGAGAGAAGUCCUGCAAGGUCUCUGUGGACUUGUCAAAUCCCUUGGGGGUGGUGUUUCUGGGUCUCCAGAUGAACUCCUGAGCACAUAAACCUGACAGCAGAAUUCUUUGCGUUCUGGAUCUUCCUGACGUUUUCCCAGUAUGUAUUAUGUUCCUGUGCUGGGGAAAAAUAAGGUGUUUUAUUUAUUUAUAUGUAUUUUUUUUAAUUGCAAUUACCCUUUGAGAGUUUGGAAGAUAAUUUCUGGAGAGGGUCUGUUACUCUGCAGGUGCACGAAGAACCUGUGAGGCUCAGAGCCUGUCUCACUGAACAUUCAGGGUUCAAGCUCACACACAGUACCACACUGUUCACUGCCUUCUGGGAUGAGAAUGUGGCAUCACCUAGCAUGGGUACCCUGGUUGCUUAAGAUUAGUAUUCAGAUUCUACUAUACAUACGCAUGCAUAUGCACU